UUUAAAUUGUUGGCAGCGAUUUUGACGAAAUAGUUCGUUUCCCGUUGAUUUUAGCAGGUUACUGCGUGCUGAGUUGGUAGCAGUUUUCUUCAGUUGGAAAUAAGACUGCACACUUGUUCUGCAUCUUCAUUUGAUGUACAUAUAGCAGUUGUAAACAUGGGGUUGGUUUGGAGUUCAAACCGAGACAAAUUUGAGAACAUUUUGCAGGAGGAUGGAGGGAAAACUUGUUUAUCUUCUGUGGAUGACAGCUGGGAUGAUUCCGAGGAAAGCUUCUAUGAAACUGUUGAGAGGCAAUCACAGUCAUCAAGUUGUGAUAAUCUUGUGCUAAAACUCGAGAUCGACUCUGAAAAUUUUGGUAAAGAAUCGCCGACAACAACGUGUACUCCACGCGAUGUACAACAUGAAGAAAAUAUUUCACAGCCUGUUCUCCAAGUAAUGUCCGGCAACACGGGUGAAUCUUCAGGAAAAUAUUCCGAGACUAACUUUAAAUGUAUAGCUGAUGAAGAAAAAAGUGACUGCAUCGAUUACAACAUUGAUAGAUGGAAGACAGAAGUUGGCAUUGAUAGAGUUGACCCAUCAUUGGUUGAAAGGGAAGACCAAAUCACAGAAUGCAGCACCUUUUCGCUGCCAUUAAUUUCAGAGGAAAAACUGCUUCAGGGAAAGUAUUCAGGUAAAAGCCCAUCCAAUCCUGCAAUGCAUCAUGAAGAGAAGCUGAUUCCACAACCUGCUCUUCAAGGAAUGUCUAGCAACAUAUGCGGUUUAAACACAGGUGAAACUUUCAGAGGAUCCUCAGAGACUAACACAAAAUGCAUGGCUAAUGAAGAAGACAGUGACCGCAGUGUUAAUGGUGUUGAUAGAUGGAUGACACAACAUAAUAAAAGAACUGGUCCAUUGUGGGUUGAAGGAGAGGAUCAAAUAAUAGAAUGCAGCACUUUUUCACUGCCUUUAAUCUCAGAGGAAAAGCUGUUGCAGGGAAAGUGUGCAAGUAAAAGCCUAUCUGAACCUGUAAUGUCUGUGGCAGUUGAUAAUAUACAGCAACAACAGUCUAAAGCACCUCAGCCUUGUGCAUGGCAAGUUGAUAUAGACUGUUUCAAAUCCAAGAAAAAGAAGAAACUACCCAAAAAGUAUUUAAGAGACAGAGAUGAAGACUUGCCGGCUGGUUAUGAUGAUAUUGAUGGCAUGUCUGUCAAUAAUCAAGGACCACACAGGAGAUUUUUGGCUUCUACAAAUAUUGCAAUUCAAGAAAUGAUGGCUGGAAGAAAAGUGCUAGACCUGAGAAGAUGGUAUUGUAUAAGCCGGCCUCAAUACAAGAAGUCCUGUGGUAUUUCAUCUGUGGUGUCUUGCUGGAAUUUCCUGUUUAGCUCUCUUGGUGCAGGCAGUUUACAGCCCCUCAGUCAAGAGGAUGCACUAAAUAUACUGGGAUUCAAACCACCAUUUGGAGAAAUAAGGUUUGGACCUUUCACUGGAAAUGCUACUUUAAUGAGAUGGUUCAAACAACUCUGCAAUCACUUUGGAGUGGAUGGGGAUACCUAUAUUCUGUAUAAACCAAAGGGAAAGAGUCGAACCAUUGGUUUGAGUGGAGAAGAAGCCUUACGUCAGCUCAAGAAGGGCCUUCAUAACCCUCAGAUGUCUUACAUUUAUCAUUGUUAUAACCACUAUUUUUGUCCCAUUGGAUAUGAGGAUUCACCCAUUAAAGCUGCUGACGCAUACAGGUGA